CUCUGGGCCCACCGCCAUUAUGAGUUGACCUCCCUCAUCUGCGCCGCCUCCUCUCUCUCUCUCCCUUUCUCUCUCUGAUUCGCUCGAUCGGGUCGUUGUCUUGUCGGUCAGCCCACAGGCGCUGCAUCCUCUCUCUCGCUGGUGCUCUGUGCCACUUUCAUGAGGACUUGCCAGUGAUAAAAGGCGAAGGAGAUGUCGCCGGCGUGUUUCCAGGCGGCCCAGAUGAUCAACAACCACACCCAAAUUCGCCCCAAGGCUUUCCACGCGCCGCCCAUGUUGCCGGCGGCGAAGGCAGGACCCACUAUCCUGCCUGUCGCCGGGAAGCCUCGGAGAGGGGUUCAGGGGGUCAGGUGCUCGGUGAGUUCGGCCCCUCCUCCAGCGCCUUCGACGGACUGCGGCGGCGGUGGAGGGGAGUCGGUUGGGUUUCUAGAGCGGUGCUUCCGUGGCCCCAGCUCGUCCUCUUCGACUGAUUUCGGCCCGGUCAUGAAGGGGCAGUACGGUGCGUUCGGUGCAGUGACUCUCGAGAAGGGGAAGCUCGAUAUGGCCCAGAAGCAAUCCGUGUCUAGUCCUGAGCUUGCUACAGGGGGAGGCGGUGGAGAUAUUGGAAAGAAAAUCAAUUAUGGGGGCGGUGAUGGAGGUGAUGAUGAUGGCGAUGAUGACGAUUACUUUGAUGAUUUUGACGAUGGAGAUGAAGGAGAUGAGGGCGGACUCUUCAGAAGAAGAAAGUUCCUCGAAGAGUUAUUUGAUCGCAAAUUCAUAGAUGCAGUACUGAAUGAGUGGCAUAAGACGAUGAUGGACUUGCCUGCUGGCUUUCGGCAAGCUUGUGAAAUGGGCUUAGUCAGCUCGGCUCAAAUGGUAAAGUUUCUCGCUAUUAAUGCCAGACCUACUACUGCAAGGUUUAUCUCCCGGUCACUUCCUGAUGUGAUGUCUAGAGCAUUUAUCGGCAGGAUGAUCGCAGACCCGGCAUUCUUAUACAAGCUUCUCCUCGAGCAAGCUGCCACUAUCGGAUUUGCUGUUUCGUGGGAAUUGAAGAAUCGCAAGGACAGGAUAAAGAAAGAGUGGGAUCUCGCCCUCGUCAACAUUCUCACAGCAUCUCUAUGCAAUGCUGUAGUUGUCUGGGCGCUUGCCCCUUGUCGCUCAUAUGGAAACACCUUUCGGUUUGAUCUGCAAAAUACGCUGCAGAAGCUCCCAAACAAUAUAUUCGAGAGAAGUUACCCGCUCAGAGAGUUUGCUUUGCAGAAGAGGAUCCACUCCUUCUGUUACAAGGCUGCGGAGUUGUGUUUGGUUGGAUUGACUGCUGGAGCAGUACAAGGUUCUCUAUCCAAUUUCUUAGCAGGGAAAAAGAAUGAUAGAUUAUCAGUGACCGUCCCUUCCAUGAGCUCAAAUGCCCUUGGUUAUGGUGCUUUUCUUGGAAUUCAUGCAAACGUGAGUUAUCAGCUUCUUUGUGGAGCUGAUAGAUUGAUGACCAAUCACUUCGAUGUUAUUGGAGUAGCUCUGUUUUUUGGCACGGCGUUGAGGAUUAUGAAUGUUUACUCUGGGGAGAUGUUAAGGCACGCUUGGCUUGGAAUGUCGGCCGACCCGCUUGUCCAUUCUGAUGACCUUCUAAAAGCCUACAAUCGGCCCUCCACUGCCUCUGAGGUUAUUCCUUCCAAGUCCUCUUCCAGAUGGUUCAUAUCGAAGAAUGCCAUUGUUUCGGGUUUUGGACUCUUUGGCAAUAGACAAGAAACUGCGGAUUCCAUGAAUGGGGAAGCAGCACCCUCCAAAGCAAGGAGAAAGAGGAUAGUCCGGAAGAAGGUGACUGCAAGCUGAGCAUUCACAAGUCAGGAAAGGGGUAAUAACAGCGCAAUUUUGGGUCCUCCAAAUUGGAAGAUGCACAGUAUCCGACGUUUCGUGUAGGAUUUUCAUUUUUCCUUCUCUUUUUGCCUUCCUUUUCGGUUUCUUUGAAAACCUUUAUGUGAGCCGGAGGUGAAUAGAUUCUUUCGGAGUAGUUAACUCCAAAUUCAAUGUAUACAGGGAGGACACAAAUGUCGUUCUUGGGGCAAGGUAUUGUGAUUUGAUUAAGGAGCAAGCAAGGAACCCUUUUCGCUUGUUAGGAUUCA